CAGGUGUGCGAUGCGACUGUCCCACUGACAGCUGGACUAUUCUUCGGAGUUAAUGUUUAGUUUGCAUUGUUUAUCAUUAGUGAUGUGGUGAUAUCUUGAAAUUUAGUACGUAUUGUGCAAAAAGGCUGGGGCAAGUUUUCAAUAUGGGGUUUUGAAUUACUGUAUAACAAGAACUUAUUAGAUAACAAACAGUUGGUUAUGUUUUGAUUUAUCCAUACCGUACAUAAAAUAUUCUAUUCAUUUUAAUCUGUUAAAAAAUUAAAGGGUUAAAUUGUCCUACCUGUAAAAUAAAACUAGACUUACAAUGUCUUGCCAAAUGAGUGCUUUUGGGAUCUAUUGUUGAUUUAGAAGGUGUAAAGAAAUGUUUGUAUUUGGGGCAUUUAACAAGUGGAAAUCUUUCUUUAAAAAAUUCUCAGUCUCAAGAAAAAAAGACUGUAAACAAUGAAGAUGCAUGGGGCUGGUCGAUUGAGGAUGCUGAGAAACCCGUGGUAGUGUCGCACCCGAAUUGGUUGGAUGAGUGUGGGUUUUCUCUGUCCCCUACAGGAGAGCUGAUGGCACUCACCUACCGCCAGAACCUCGUUAUAUUAAUGUCCAAAUGGGACAGCAGUGAAGAGUCAAGCUCAAAAACCAAAUACCACAUGGUGUGGCAUGGUGACCCCUGUCAGGAACACAAUGAGCUGAUCACCUGCGUGUGUGCGCUGCCCCUAGCUGCUCCACAGACCCACAGAUCCUCACACUCUGUCCCAGAUUGGACCUGUAUUGCCCUCGGAUUCUCCAGUGGCGCCCUUCGGUUCUAUACUGAGAAAGGGGACCUGCUCUUCUCAGAAGUGUUGGAGGAGGGACCGGUAGUGAGUAUCAAGUGUCAGACCGUCAGUCCUUCACGUUACAGUGGUCAUCCAGAGCUAACGGAGGAGUUGCAUGUCACUUACCGCACUGUCGUCUGCUCAGUCUACGGGUUCGUGCUCGGCAACACACUGCGGGCCUGCAGGAACCAGCUGGCUCGAGUGCAAGCCAACUGUAGUGACACCAUAGUAGCUCCACCUCUGUCACUGCACAAGUGGAAUCUCCCUGACCAGGACAACAUGUUGGACUGUGCAGUUGGGCUGCCUCAGUGUCCCUCUGCUUUCUCACACCUCCACAUCGCCUCUGUGUGUGGAGGGUUUGGGACCUGGUACCGCCCCUCUCCACCCCAGAGCUCUCUGGUGGUGGCAGCCGGAAACAAACCCUUUGUCGGCUUCCAUUACAUUGUAGAGGGUAGUAAUGCUCCCGUCCUCACAGAUGUUGUCAAGGCCGUCGGCACAAAGCUCAAGUCUGCGCUGAACCAAGCUGUUCCAAGUUGGUUCCUUGGAGGACGUAAACCAAAUCCACCACCUGAAAAAGAAAAAGUUAUCAUCGAACCAGCGGAACCCAUGUCUUGCAGGUUCGGACUGUGUGACCUGUGGCGUCAGGGGACCUCGGUAACCAUGUCACCUCACCGCAACCUCUGUGUGGUCUCGGACUCGCUUGGCAGGGUUACGCUCAUCGACAACUCCACAGGGCUGGCUCUCAGGAUGUGGAAAGGUUACCGGGACGCGCAGUGCGGCUGGUUGACAGCAGAGGAGGAACAGAGCAAAGGGCGCAAGAGGUUGGCCCUGUUCCUGGUCAUCUAUGCUCCCAAGAAGGGCAUUGUGGAGGUGUGGGCCAUGCAGCAGGGUCCUAGAAUUGCUACCUUUACUGCCUCCAAGAACGGCAGAUUGUUCUACAUCGGCCACGGGCUAUUAGGAGUCUCCAGUGUGGGUAACAGGAACCCCAAUCGAAGCGCAACUCCGUGUGUCUUUGUGGACGAAUGUGGUGUUCUUACUGAAAUUUCGAUACCAUUCCAUUGUGCAUUAAGUGACAAGAACAGCAAGCGUGCUCGUGAUAUUCACCUGGUGCGAAAGCUACGACAGCUGCUGAAGACUGGUGAUGGAGAACAGACAGCUGACAGUGUAACUACUCUGUGUCGAGAGCUACAGACCCACACAGUGCGAGCUCAGGCUCUGGAUCUACUGACCUCCAGUCGCAGGGUGGCAGCCAACACUCUGCUGGAGGUGGUUGAGGGGUUUCUGCACACGUUGGAAUGUGUUGGCUUGGAAGCAUUCUCAGUUUUGCACAGUCACACUAUAAGUCAACACAGUCUAUCAGUUCGAUCAGUUUGGCUUCCGACAAGGUCUUUCUACGACUAA